UGUGACUCGAUCAUGUCAUGCGGCCUGGGUUAGAGAGGAGGAAGAGAAAACAACAACACGUCUGCUGGGCCAGUGACACACAAAACCACAAAUCAGUCCAGUAUCACUAUUCGCUGUCGUCCCGAGGGAAGAUGUCUUUGUUUGGGAAGUUGUUUGGUAGCAGUGGAAAAGGGGGUAAAUCUCCAAGCCCCCAAGAGGCUAUCCAGCGACUGCGAGAAACAGAAGAAAUGUUGACCAAGAAACAAGAAUUCCUGGAGAAGAAGAUCGACCAGGAGCUUGUGACGGCCAAGAGAAACGGCACGAAGAACAAGAGAGCUGCAUUGCAGGCACUGAAGCGUAAGAAGCGCUACGAGAAGCAGUUAGGUCAGAUUGAUGGCACCCUUUCUACCAUUGAGUUCCAGCGGGAGGCGCUAGAGAAUGCUCACACCAACACCGAGGUCAUCAAGAAUAUGGGCUUUGCUGCCAAGGCCAUGAAAGCUGCCCAUGACGACAUGGACAUUGACAAAGUGGACGAACUUAUGCAGGACAUCACGGAACAGCAGGAGCUGGCACAAGAAAUUUCAGACUCAAUCUCAAAGCCUGUUGUGUUUGGGGAGGAAUUUGAUGAGGAUGAGCUGUUAGCUGAACUUGAGGAGCUGGAGCAGGAAGAGUUGGAUAAGACUCUUCUGAAGAUCGGAGACAAUGUACCACUGCCAAACGUGCCCUCUACAUCCUUACCCGCCCGACCAGCAAAGAAGAAAGAAGAAGAGGAUGAGGAUGACAUGAAAGACCUGGAGGCGUGGGCUGCCAAUUAAUGCUCCCAGAAACCUAUACACACUAUACAAGGCAUAAACCUCACCAAGAUACCUGUUACUAAAGGACAUGGAAGGACUCUUCAGUAUGUUACAGUAUGACGUCUUUGUGUCUAAAAUAGGCUAAUAUAUAAACACACAUGAGAGGAAAACGAAAACAUAAAUGCAACUGCUCAAAAAAGAUUAUAAAUCUCCGCAAGACUUAUUGUCAACACACUGUUCAGACAUGAAAAAAGCUUGUUGUAGAUCAGUGUUUGUGUGUUCGGCACUCCAUUACCUGUAUAAGUAGUCAUCAAACUUCAAACUUCCAUCACAAGGAAUCCUCAGCUUGGUACGAGAAACCAGAAACCCUUUGCACGCAGGGGAAAGUGUCUGUAACGAUCUGUCGUGUUUUUGGAGAGAACAUGUGGUAUAUAUUACGAAUUCAUUUGUUCACAAGUUCUGUUAAAAGCACUGUAAGCCCCGUUUGAUUCCGUGCAUCAAGCAUUUCGGUGCAGGUGCUUCCCACGUACAAUAUCCGUAGUGCCCACGGGACGUCCCAGAUCAGCACUUAGGCUUUAUGAGUACAAGACUUGCUCUCCGUUUCGGGGCUGAGGUGGGCAUGAAGGUUUGAGAAUGUCUGAGUGCUGCUGCAGCUGUAAGGCUUUUACUGUACAUAGCAUCUCUCUUUAACGUCAUGACGGUUUACAGUCUCCUGACAGCAUGGGAUUUCUAUAUGGAAUAGAUCUCUUUACUCAAGAAACGUGUGCUGUAUUUGAGAUAUUUCAGAAAUACUGGCUCGUUAUUCUAAGAUAUCUUUACACUAGAAGUGGCUUCUUAAACUGAGUGUUGUAUUAGGGGAAAAACGACAAGGUUUGUUGUAGAUUUCAGAUUGUUUUUUUAUUUUUGAGGUGCGAAUGCAUUCAAACAGAUUUGUACGAGGACAAACUGCACAGAUUAAUUUCAUAUCAUGCUUUAUUUUACAGAGUGCACUUUUAUGAGGCUCUGGUUUUGUUCAUUUUCCUCUCCUGAGAGUCUAUAAAACAUUUGAGUAUUGAAUAUUGAGAUGUGAUAGAAACACUAAACACAUAACUAUGUUUAUUUAUCAGGCUCGGAACAUUUCAUUCAUGUUGUUUAUUGUUUGUUUGUCUUUUUGACACUCAUUUAUGUUGUCCUUCUCUGCCUUUCAACCUUACACCUACAUUAAAGUUUUGCCAAAUUAA